UUAAAAACCAUGGAAGUUAUUCGGACCUUUAUUUCUUAAUGUUUUGUUUCUGCUUGUUUUGUUUUUAUUUUGAUUGGAAUUGGUGUUGUGUUAGAACACUUGGACACAACCAUUUUAGAAAUACUUCCUGGUUGUUAAGCAUGUUGUGUACUUGUUUCAACCUUUGCUUUUUGUGCUUUUUCUGCGAGCAUGCUUUCCAUGAGGUUACCAAGUGUUUCUCCCUCAGCAUUGUUUAUUUCAAACUCGCUUCCAGUUGUGACCCCUCUUCCUCCGGCACAUCUACCUGCCUAUCCUGAGAUCACCCUGACUGUCCCAGCCCUCUACAUUAGGCCUCGUAACCUCUUCCUCAGUUUCCCUUCACAACCUUCAACACUGCACAAUGGCAGGGCGAGGUGGACCAGCACGGACCAAUGGCACUGCAGCAAGCAACAAGAUCUGUCAGUUUAAGUUGGUGCUUUUGGGGGAAUCGGCGGUGGGAAAGUCCAGCUUAGUGCUGCGCUUUGUCAAAGGCCAGUUCCACGAGUACCAAGAGAGCACUAUUGGAGCUGCCUUCCUCACGCAGACGGUAUGUUUGGAUGAUACGACGGUCAAGUUUGAGAUCUGGGACACUGCAGGACAAGAACGCUAUCACAGCUUGGCCCCUAUGUACUACAGAGGGGCACAGGCUGCCAUCGUGGUUUUUGAUAUUACCAACACAGACACAUUCACACGUGCAAAGAACUGGGUGAAGGAGCUCCAGAGACAAGCCAGCCCCAACAUUGUAAUUGCACUGGCAGGCAACAAAGCAGACCUGACCAACAAGAGAAAUGUAGAUUUCCAGGAAGCACAAGCGUACGCAGACGACAACAGCUUGCUCUUUAUGGAAACUUCCGCCAAGACUGCAAUGAAUGUCAAUGAGAUUUUUAUGGCUAUCGCCAAGAAGCUUCCGAAGAACGAGCCCCAAGGCGGUGCAGCCGCAGGUGGACGAGCCAGAGGUGGCGUUGACCUUCAAGAAGCUGCACCCCAGGGUAGAAGCAGCCAGUGCUGUGGGAACUAACUUGCAAUGAAUCGACUCCUCCAUCCAAUCUACAGCUUCGAUCAACCAGACCCGAAAUUAGCCAGCUGUCCGGCAAUACCUCAGAGGUCAAACCAAAGCAGGGUCAGGCCAACAACCCCAUCAGCACCAAGUUAUUGUUUGGAAAAUGAGUGGACUGGCCAGUACACUGCAGGACCUCAUGGAUGGCUCAAACCAACAGACCAACAAAUCCAUUUCUUUUGCUUUCUGAAUUCGACCUGUGACCUCUGGACUCGCCCAAUGAUCUCGCCUCCAGUUGAUGGACUCUUCAUGUCUUCUUUGAGAGAAGAACAACGAUCUCGUUCAUGACUAAUGGCACUUAAUUGCGCCUUCUUUGUUCACUUUUCUGUUUGUAUAGAGAGAAAAAAGGAUACAACAAAAAAAGAAUAAAACCAGGCUUGUAGGGCCCCUCUUAUUUUAUUGGUUUUCACUUUCCACAUGCAUCUGAAAUGGUUCCAUCCAGUCAUUGGGUACAAAUCAAGGUGCAUGUUCUGUCCUGCUCCUGAUUGGCUUCCCAAAAAAAGGAUGAGGCUUUUACCAGAACUAAAGGGCUGGACAGAUGAUUUUCUUGAUGGAUCUCUGUAGAUUGAUUGAUUCUUCUUCCACCAGUUCUAUACUAUUUGACACGGAUGGAUCUGUUUGAUUUUAAAACCUUGACUUCAGAGGUUUUUCAAUCACCUGGUUUCAAACCAUAUGGAGUACAAAGUACUUUAACAUUUUCACCUGUUUGUAAUUUUAGCAUUAAUGUUUUUUGAAUCAUCGGUGUAAAAAUAAGAAUUGUCCUCUUGACCAAAAUCCCUAUUGUAUUGACACCAUUGCUUUAUUUGUAACAGAUUCUUCAGGUUUAUAAUCAAUAUGUAGAUCUUGACAAAACACCGUCCCAAUCUGUACAUGUUAUGUCAGACAAUUUGUGAUUUUUUUCUUUUUUUUCCUUUUUUCUUUUUCUUUCUGGAGAUCUCUGGUAUUAAAUGCACUGGUUUUGUCUCAUCAUCUUUAUGAAUUGAGAUGUUCUCCAGCGUUCACCACAUUUUUUUUGUUCUUAAUUUUCACAUCAGUGAGGCAUCAGCUUUUAAACUUUUUUUGAGGGUGGUGGUGGAGGGGGGUCAUCCAUCCUAAUAUGGCAUCAACCAUGGAAAAUAGCAGCCGUUGCAUCUUGAAAGGGAGGGAUUGUGGGAAAAACGAUUCUACUUUCAUGAAUAAAUGAGGGUAGACAUC